AUGAGCCAAAUAAUUGAGGAUUGGUUAAGUGAAUUCGACAAAUUCAAUCAAUAUAAAAAUUCACCUGAUGAAAUUCAUGCUUAUGCAAUUGGUGUUUUCAACUAUCCUGAUUUGAUCAACGCUAUUCUGAAUGCUUUGGAAGAUGAUAAACAAUACGAAAAGUUUUUAGCUCCAAUAUGUACCCAGUUAUUCAAUUAUCAUCGCCUUAAAGAUGAUAGAUUACGUUUAUUUGUGAUUGCCUUUCUGCCAUCGCUAAUUGGUGUUCAUCUGCUUUAUAGUGUGAAACCACUAGAGGUUCGACGUAAAUAUCGAUGUGUUGAUACAGUUCUUUUAGGAAUUUACAAUGUCGAGAUUACAAAUGAAGAUGGCUUGGGUUCUAACCGAACAUUCCGUAUACCUACAACUAGCAAGCCUUCGAUUUACCAUGAGCCCCCAACGACAUCAGCCAGUACAUUUAGUCAACCAACUUCAACCUCAAAUGAUAAUUCCACUAAGGCAGAUUCCUCUAGCUUACCUUACAUAAAUGUGCCUGUCUAUGGCAAUUACAAAUCAAGUGAUUAUAUUAAUGCUUCGAACAGAGUCUCCGUGUUGACUGCUUUACUGCAUCUAUUCCAUGAUCAAAUGAGUUCGCUGCCAAAACAGUCUCAUGCCGCUCUAUGUCGAAUGACUGUCAGUGUCUUGGAAAAAGAAACUCGGCCUCCUGCUGAUUGGAAACAGAUUCUUAACCAACAUCCGAAUUCAAUCGGCAAUUUACACAAUUCUGCUUUGAUACCCGACUUUCCUCGUAAAAUUCCGGUUGCCUCUCAAUUACUUGUCCGUCUUAGUAGCUGUAUCUACUUUUGCAUUUACAACGGAGUUGGUGAUGUCGCAAUACAAGCCUUAGAUCACAUCCAUGCCCGCGGUCUAUCUGAGCUCUAUCCAGAUGUUUUACUGAUGACAAAUGCUAUUAAACAUCAACUUUCAACAAAUCCACCAACGCAGUCCGGUGAUUGUCCAGCUGAAAUUCCAGUCACUUUCACACCUACCUCAACGGUAACUUCUACUACCUCAUCUUCUUCUAACAAAACAGCUAUAACCAAUGCAUCAUUCAAAACUCGCAAGCUCCCAGAAGAUAUUCCUAUCGUUACAUCGACAAGUAGCACAAAUCCGCAACGUUUGCCAUCCAUUAAUGAGGACAAUGUUGAUCAAUCAAACUAA